AACAGAUAUAUGCACUAUACUAUACUCUUCAAGUAGUAUUGAUCAGUCUCAAUGAAGAUCUUUACUUUAUGCAUUUUCUAUCUCAUCUCACAACUUCUACUUAACAGGUUAGCAUCUACAAGUUUAUGCAAUGCACAAGCCACCCAUGCUGUGACACCACCAAGAGGUUGGAAUUCUUAUGAUUCAUUUUGUUGGACAAUUUCUGAAGAAGAGUUUCUGAAAAAUGCAGAACUUGUCUCUCAACGGCUACAUGCUCAUGGAUAUGAGUAUGUUGUGGUUGAUUACCUCUGGUAUAGAAGAAAGGUGCCCGGAGCUUAUACAGAUGCUUCAGGAUUUGAUGUAAUCGAUGAGUGGGGAAGGAUGGUUCCUGACCCUGAUAGAUGGCCUUCAUCAAAGGGUGGAAAAGGAUUCACUGAAGUGGCCAAAAAAGUGCAUAGCAUGGGAUUGAAAUUCGGCAUUCAUGUUAUGAGAGGAAUAAGUGCACAGGCUGUAAAUGCUGACACACCUAUCUUGGACACUACUAAGGGAGUUGCGUAUAUAGAGGGUGGAAGGAAGUGGACAGCAAGUGAUGUAGGGUUGAAGGAGAGAAAAUGUGUGUGGAUGCCACAUGGUUUCAUGAGUGUGAAUACAAAGUUGGGAGCAGGAAAAGCAUUUCUGCGAUCACUCUAUGAACAAUAUGCUGAGUGGGGAGUUGAUUUUGGUAACUUUCAUGGCUACCUUAGUACCUUAUUGAAUGACUGUGUUUUCGGGGAUGAUUUGGAUAUUGAAGAAAUUAGUUUUGUAUCAGAGGUUCUGAGAAAACUAUCGCAUCCAAUUUUAUACUCCUUGUCCCCUGGCACGAGUGUCACACCGGCUAUGGCCAAAGAAAUUAGUGGACUGGUCAAUAUGUACAGAAUAACUGGGGAUGAUUGGGACACGUGGGGCGACGUGGCUGCACACUUUGAUGUAGCAAGAGAUUUUGCAGCCGCGAAAAUGAUAGGAUCCAGAGGUCUAUUGGGGUUGUCAUGGCCUGAUUUAGAUAUGUUGCCACUGGGAUGGCUUACUGAUCCGGGUUCUAACGAAGGUCCACACAGGAAAUGUAACCUGAAUUUAGAUGAGCAGAGAACUCAGAUAACAUUGUGGGCUAUGGCGAAGUCCCCACUUAUGUUUGGAGGAGAUAUGAGAAAGCUUGAUGACACCACGUAUAAUCUCAUCACAAAUCCUACCGCUCUGGAAAUCAAUGCUUUUAGCUCAAAUAACCAGGAGUUUCCUUUUGUUACGGGUUCUCCUCCUAAAAGCGACCCCUCAUCACAUUCAGGACAUGAGAAAUAUUAUCGGAGACCUCAAACAAGUUCUUUGGCUCUUGUGAGCUGCAAAGAAACUAAAGCAAAAGGCUGGGUGGUUCAGUCUGUUGACCAGGAUCUUGACCAAAUAUGCUGGAAGAAUAGUUUUGAACUUGAAGCACCCUUCUGCCUAUACAAAAUAAAGGCACGAGUUACAUCAGAUGAAGAGGUCUAUGCAACAAAGUAUUACGGCAAAACUCAUCUACUAGCAACUAACAGAACAGCACUUUGCAUCGACGCUUCUCCAAAAAAGAGGCUUACUUCAAAAGAAUUCAAGAGAGGCUCUCUAUCUCCAUGCAAAAGGGAUGCCAACCAGAUGUGGGACUUAAGAAUUAAUGGUACUCUAGUGAACAGUUAUUCUGGUUUAUGUGCCACUAUAAAGACAGUUGAAGCUAAAGCUGUUCCGGAAGGGAUUCGGUCAUGGAUUGCAACUGGAAGAAAAGGAGAAGUUUAUCUCGCCUUUUUCAAUCUGAACCAAGGGAAGACAAUAAUGACGAUGCGCCUGUCGAACCUGGGAAAGGUACUCCCUGGUGUAAAAUUCAGAGCCUUAUCCAGAUGCAGAGAAGUUUGGAGCAGUCGAGGCUGUCAUAUAAGUAAAGGGUCAAUUUCCAUAGACGUAAAAGCGCAUGGAGCUGCAUUACUUGUUCUAACUUAACAAGAAUGCAUGACAAGAAGUCGUCUGGUUUGUUAUAGGGUUCAGAUUCUAUAAGAUCCUGGAGUUCUUAGUUCUAGGUCAUCGGAUACAUCCAAGUUUUUGCGUGUUCUAGUGCUUUUCCACUUGAGGUUUCCUUCUGAUGAAUCCAAAUGUUUUUCAAUGGCAGGAUUCGUCAAAGCCUGAGGAGGAGGUUUAUGGGGGGUGGGAAAGAGGUCACUCCCUCUUUUUCUCUACUUGCCAAAACAAAGUUCAAAAAUAUAAAGUUCAUUUUUUCAUGUUGUCCA